AUGACACAGGUCAUCUCUUUGGGCACGCCGUCCCAGGCCAUGACCCCGGCCCACUCCCCCAUGGAUUCCGACGACUACGACAGGCCCCGAGCCUUUCGUGCCAUGCCUGAUACUCCAGACUCUCCUAGCCCUCGCACUGUUGGCAUCGCCCGCAAACGUGCCGCUUCCAUCAACACUUCUGAGGCAAACUAUGGUAGGCUUGAAAGACUCAAGUUGAGCACGCCUAGCAGCAUGGCCAGCAACGAGAGUACAAGAGAUAUCUGUCUCUGCACUCCGGCGCCCAAGAUCCCCAGACCUCGAAAUGCCUUUAUACUCUACCGUCAGCAUCAUCAAGCUCAAGUUGUUUCUCGGAAUCCUAACCUUUCCAAUCCUGAUAUCUCAAAGAUCAUCGGCGAGCAGUGGAAGGACGAGCCUCAAGAAAUCAAAGACAACUGGAAGAGCCUAGCAGAUGAAGAAAAGCAACGCCAUCAGCGACAGUAUCCUGACUACCGCUAUCAGCCACGCCGUGGAAACAAAUCCCAAGGAAUCAGACCUGGUUCAUCCCCAGCAGAUGACUCUGGACGAUGCCCCAAAUGUAAUCUACGGUGCAUUGCAACACCAUCCACCCCGUCCACCCCAUUUCCCACCCCCUCAACAGGAGAAGGAAGAAUUCCUCCCUACCCGUAUACGCCUAACGUGCGUGGAGAGGAUGCGGAAGCGGCUCGGCGUGAAAGUUUUGGUAACUUGCCCAUGGUGAGGCAGCGUCAUCCUUUGCACCGACCUGGUCAAAGAGAAGUGGAUGACUAUGAUCCCGAUUCGCCAGAAAUGAAGAGACGUCGCUAUAACACGACUGGUGGCUAUCAUCCUGUGUCUUCCCCUAUACCAGGAGGACGAGCAAUGUCGAUGGGGUCAGCGCCUCCGCGACCAUAUCCCGUUACGCCUCUGCCAGAGCCACAUUUUACCAGAUCAAAGUCAGGUCCCAUGCCCCCUCCUCCACGACCAAUAGGAAGACCAUGGUCCGAACAAGAGCAACGAGGCCGACACCCUUCCUACGACGAGUCCCUGCGACUCCCUCCCCUGCAGACUCCCGGUUCCAUGUCACCUACCACAGCACCAGAAGUCGAUAUCCGACAACUUCAAACUCCUGUCACCGGACUUGGAAUAUCCAACACUCACGACCCCCAAGCUAGAAGUGUUGAGGCCAUGGUCAUGUCUAUUCCGUUCACCCGUAAGCUAUCUGUGUUGGCUAAGAUCAAUCAUACCGAGGUUAGCACUCUCGAGCCCGGCAGUUCAGGAGUCGAGAACCGCGGCGCCGUCAUAGCAAUCGAAGGACCGAAGCCAAGAAUGUUGAAGCAAGUUGGCACUCUGGUCGAGAGGGCCCUUCUUUCAUCCAACGAAGUGUCACUCAAGGCUUGGGGUCAGGGAGCGGAAGAGGAGCAAGAAAAUGAGCGACGGGGCUCGCGGAGUAGAGAGUCAUCCGAACCCAAGGAUAACCUUACAUCAUGCUUCGAAACAAUGAUCCAUUGGCACCAGAAAUCGCGAGAUAUGGUUAAGCACAUCACCAGCCAGCCAGAGGCGUUGCCGAGCUCUAAGAGAGAGAGGGACUCCGAAUCACCCAUAUCUCGUCGCGGCUCUAUUGAGGACAACCACUCCAGGGGAUCCCAAGACGACACGACCAAGUACAAGACACCCGUUGCACUGAUAAAAGAAGGGUUCAGCCUUACUCUUUCGGACUCAUUCGCCUGCACGGUACCCAUCUCUGACUCAUACGCGCCUGUCGACCAUUGGCAGUGGAUGGCAACUCUUUGGCGCGGCACCGUGGGACCUGACCUCGUGGUGUACGUAAAGCCCAGUCUGGAAGAAGAGAUCGCCAAGUGCGGAACUGUCGACUUUCACCAAGGACUCAUGGUUGUGAGGAUCGCGGUUGGUAGGGAUUUGGACGAGGCAACCGAGAGACGAGUAGCCUUUGAGGUGGUGGAGUGGGUAAGGGGAGGAAGUUUCCGAGAGGAUCGCGAGAAGAUGCGAUGA